CACACACCAUUCCAUUCCUUUUGGAUCAUAUCACUUCUUGAUCACCACCUUUAUUAAUUUAUUUGCUUCUCUAGCUACACACACAAACACACACAUAUAUAUAUCAUUCUCUUGUGAUAUAUCUUGUGUUUAGACAAUGGGUGGUGAUCAUGAGGUUGUGAAGAAAUGGUUGGUGGUGAACAUGUGCGUGGUGGUAGUGGUGAUCAUGAAUUGGGGUUUGUUUGGGGUUGGAGCACAGCCUCAAGUGCCUUGUUACUUCAUUUUUGGUGAUUCAUUGGUUGAUAAUGGGAAUAAUAAUGCAAUCAAUUCAUUGGCAAAAGCCAAUUACAUGCCUUACGGGAUUGACUUCCCCGAUGGACCAACUGGGAGGUUUUCUAACGGAAAGACUACAGUUGAUGUCAUUGCUGAGCUUUUGGGCUUCGAUGAUUAUAUUCCUCCCUAUGCAUCUGCAAGAGGUCAAGACAUACUCAAAGGAGUUAAUUAUGCAUCAGCAGCUGCAGGAAUUAGAGAUGAAACUGGACAGCAAUUGGGUGGGAGGAUUAGCAUGAAUGGGCAAGUAAACAACUACAAGAACACAGUAUCUCAGGUGGUGGAUUUACUUGGUGAUGAGGAUUCAGCUGCAAAUUAUCUGAGCAAGUGCAUAUACUCUGUUGGAUUGGGCAGCAACGAUUACCUUAACAACUAUUUCAUGCCUCAGUUUUACUCCAGCAGUCGCCAAUAUACUCCUCAACAAUAUGCUGAUCUUCUCGCUCAACAAUAUUCCCAACAACUAAGGACUUUGUACAACUAUGGAGCAAGGAAGGUUGUUGUGAUCGGAGUGGGCCAGAUAGGCUGCAGCCCAAGUGAAUUGGCCCAAAACAGCCCAGAUGGUUCAACGUGUGUAGAAAGAAUCAACAGUGCAAAUCAAAUGUUCAAUAACAACCUCAAGUCUCUUGUCAACGACUUCAACAACAAUCUAGCUGAUGCAAAAUUCAUCUACAUUAAUGCUUAUGGAAUUUUCCAAGAUUUAAUCAACAGCCCUUCAUCUUUUGGUCUUAGGGUUACGAAUGCGGGGUGUUGCGGUGUAGGGAGAAACAAUGGUCAAAUAACAUGUCUACCUCUUCAAACUCCAUGCCAAAAUAGAAAUGAGUAUUUGUUUUGGGAUGCAUUUCACCCAACAGAAGCUGCAAAUGUGGUUGUUGGUAGGAGAUCAUAUAACCCUCAAUCUUCAUCAGAUGCUUACCCAUUCGGCAUUGCUCGCUUAGCUAAACUCUGAAGAAAGAGAUGAUCUAAGUAUGAAAUUUUCGUAUUAUUAUAUAUCUGUAUCACUAUUGGUAUUGUUAUAGUUGUUGUCAUUGUUUUGAAGAACAAAUGUCGUUGUGUUGCAAUGUACUUCAAUGAAAAUUAUUGGAGUUUUAGCUCAACUCUGAAGAAAGAGAUGAUCUAAGUAUGAAAUUUUCAUAUUAUUAUUUAUCUGCA